AUGUCUCCUCCGGAGCUGCAGGAGCUUCCAGUUCCCCAUGGGGAGCUGGUGAACUACAUCCAUGACCAUCCAGAGAAGAAGAUGGUCGAAAUCAUGGAGCCUUACCGCAAGUACGAGGCCCAGCUUCGAUCCGUCUUCGCCCAAGACCGCCAGAAUCCAGCUCUCAACGAGCCUCACAUCAACCUCGUUCCGCUGUUUACGGAGAACACCAAGAACAUCAAGAUCCGCGCCCGGUCGGUGGAAUCCGAGUCCCAAGAAGAGAAGGACCGCUACAUCAUGGCUCUCCCCGACGAUAAGCGCCGACCUGACGGCUCUCCUGCUGUGGUAUCUUCUGUGAAGGACUUCCAGAAGAACUUCAACAUCUUCUCCGAGUCCUCGCUUGUCGACAUGAAUUGGAACAACGUUGUUGCCGCUGGGUCGUCCGUUGUGAACACCCUGUUGCCUGUCCCCCCGGAGUUCAAUACCACCAAGCGCAAGCUACGCGAGUACUACCACGAGAAGUUUUGCCCGGCUUCUGACGUCGAUCUGUUCCUUUACGGACUCACGCACGAAGAGGCCAUCGAGAAGAUCAAGGAGAUCGAGACCGCAGUCCGUGAUGCCAUCCUCACUGAGGUUACCGUUGUUCGUACGAAGUAUGCCGUCACGAUUGCGUCGCAAUACCCUACCCGUCAUAUCCAGAUUGUACUGCGCGUGUACAAGUCCAUCGGAGAGAUCUUGACUGGCUUUGACAUCGACGCCGCUGGCGGAGCUUACGAUGGGAAGCAGGUCUGGAUUACUCCCAGAGCCUUGGGAAGCUUCAUCACCCAGAUCAAUCACAUCGACCUCACCCGCCGAAGUCCCUCUUACGAAAACCGUCUGUCCAAAUACAGCCACCGCAACUUUGAGGUCUACUGGCCAGAACUCGAUCGCAGCCGUAUUGAUCCUACCAUCUAUGAGCGAAGCUUCCAGAGAACUCUUGGCCUUGCCAGGCUUCUGGUCCUGGAACGUCUCCCUACUUCUUCUGUCCGCGAGGAAUACCUGAACAAGCGAAGAGAAGAGCGAGGCCGGCCUACAACAAACCGAUAUUAUGCUCAUCAGUUGCACGGCAACAUCAAGGACCAACACGAGGAUGAGGUUGCCGACUGGGUGGACGAGACUGACGUGUCUAACUAUCACACCUUCACGGUCCCUUACGGCCAGCACUUCCACGCCAAGAAGAUCGAGAAGCUCUGUUACACCCGAGACCUUCUUCUCAACGCUGAGUGGAAUCAGCCCAAGGAGAGAGAGGUGUAUCUUCACAGGCAUCCUGCGUUCUUUGGUCGCGUCGAAGACGUGAUCGAGGAUUGCUGUGGGUCAUGCCCGAAGCCAACAACCCCAGACGAGGUCGAGGUUGCCGAAAAGGAGGCCGAGAUCUACAUUUCCGGCAAAGUCUCAUUCCUCAUUGAUGACCCCGGUCGGCAGCAGAUCGGCUCAUUCAAUCCUCUUACUCAGGACGACUGGACUGACAUGGCUUACGUCGGGAACACUGCACGACUCUGCCAGAGCAUUGUUGACGGCAAUAUCGACGGAGUCCUGGAUUGGCUUUCCCAGGAGGAUGCCGACCCCAACAAGCGUGAUUACACUGGACGCACCCCUCUGCACCUCGCGGUCAUCAGCUCAGUCCCCGAGAUCGUGCGCUGUCUCGUCGAGCAUGGAUCUAGGUUGACGGCUCGUCUUGCCGACGGCCGGACUGCUCUUCACCUCGCUGCUGAGCGUGGCAGCGUCGACAUCAUCAAGAUUCUCAUGGAGAAGAGCAUUGCAAACGAGGAACAGGAAGAGGAGAAGAAGGACCGCCGCCGGAAGGAACGCGAGACGAAGCUGCAGGGCAAGCCUGAGUCGGAGAAGAUGGCGGAAGACGGCGAAGCCAUGGAUGCUCAAGAUGAUGACGAGCAACAAUCCGACGAUGAAGACUCCGAUAUCGAUAUGGUCGAUGCCGGCAAUACCGAAGCAGAUUCAAUGGCUACUGGAUCUUUUGUCAAAGUCAAAGAUGACGAAGAGAAGAGCAACGAGGACAUUGUUCUCGAUGAUGCCAAAGAUGAGCCAGACUUCUACAAGUCUGACGUCUUGGCUUGGGACGUUCCUUGCUCACCUCUCCACCUGGCCAUUUCCGAGGGACACGAAGAUGCUGUUAAGAUUCUCUGUGAGUUCGGCAGCGACGCGCUUCUUCCUGUCAAAUUUCUCGACUCGGAAAAACAGCCAACCGCGGCCAUCCUCACGCUUGCUCUCGCCUUGUCGCUUCCUCUCGAGAAGGCCAAGUCCAUGGCUCUGCUCUUGUUGAAGCUUGGUGCUACUUCAUCCCAGGCCGACCUCAACGGCUGCACCGUAUUCCACCGCUACGUCGAGAACGGGAACUCAGAGAUGAUCGACACCCUCUGGGAGCAUGACAAGGCCGGUCUCAAGACAGCUCUGAACCACUUGGUUUUCGGAAAGCAAUACUGGAAUCCUCAUGCCAUCGCCCCUCUUCACACAGCAAUCGAGAACGGCGAUGCGAUCCUUGUGCUUAAGCUGCUUGAAGCUGGAGCAAACCCUCAUAUUGACUUCGACACAUGGCUGAAGGCUUUCAAGUUUUCCAAGUCAUCGCACCGACUCGGCUCCUACGAAGACAACAAAAAGAUGUUCCAUCAAUCGGUGAUCCAGCCUCUCAUCGUCGCCAUCAAAGGUUGUUCGAAUCCUGAGGUCGCCCUUAGACUUCUCGAGAAUGGGGCAGAUCCGAACGCUCUGACGGAGCAGUCUUACCGGGUCAUCGAGGACGAAUGGCAGCGGAGAUACAACAAGGGAGAGUCGAUUCUCGACCUUGUCCGGGACCAGCUGAAGAAUCUGCGGGAGUACAAAGGCGAGAAACUUACCAACAAGAAGCCAACCUUGCCUACUGCGAUGGACGAGCAUCUCCAGCAGUUCAAAGAGGGUACUUAUCAGCACUGGAUGGUUUCCAAGGCUAUCGAGUUGCGCAAAUGGAGCUACAAACGCGACCUGAGGGAGUACGAAAAGGAAAAGAAGAAGCACGCGGAGAUGAAGGGCGCACCGGAAAAACUAGAGGCUAUCAAGGAUGUCAUUUCAUCGCUUGAAGCGGUUGAGAAGGCUAUCAUCGCCAAGGGCGGCAAGACCUUCAAGGAGUUGUACCCAGACAUCAAGGGCCCCGACAACCAUUCCCCGAACCGAUCUUUGUCUGAGGAGAAGACCGAUGAGUUUGAGCACAACAUCUCUUUCAAAGGUGUUACUGACGUCACCGAGGCGAGGAAAGAUGCGUAUUUGGAAUUGUUCGAGGCUUCUUGGGCUGGAGACAUCGAGAAGAUCAAGACACUCACCUUGCAGGCCUGGGGUAAGGAUCAGGACGAGCCGCCGCUCAAGAUCUCAGUCACCGACAAUGCGGACAAUACUCCUUUCUCCUUGGCCUUCGUCCACGGUCGGUACGAGGUUGCAUCGGCAAUCCUCGAGAUCGUCAUGGCUCAGUAUUCCCCAGAGGAAAAGGAGGCGACUCGGUACAAGUUUGACACGGGCGACUCCGAAGAAGAGGACGAAGAAUCGUACGAGAGCGAUGCGGAUUCAAACGAUGACCCCAAGAUCAUUUCCGAGAUCGUUGACAAGAAGUUCACGAUCGAGAACAUUGGUCAGGUGUCGAUGCAAGUCAAGUCUACGGUCAAGCCCAUCGAGUUCUUGAGCCAGGUCGUGAAUACCUUCGGCCCCGGAAACAAUGAGCGCUUGCGUACUAGGUAUCAGAGUCUGUUCUCGUUUGUUUUAGAGAAUGAUGACCACGCCGGGUUGAAGGCACUUCUCGACAUGGCGACUCAUUUCGCGGGUCAGAAACUCGUCGACGGCAGCCAGGGCGAAGAGGAUGACGACGCCGGUGGACGUUUCACCUUCCCCGAGAACGAGUUCCUCCAGGCCGUCACACAGGGAAAGACAACUGCACUGGCUGAAAUCAUUAGCCGGACUGGCGCAGGAAUUCCUCUCGAUGACCUUGUCAAGAAGAGCGGCGUCGAGAUGAAGAGGAAGCCGAGAUAUUACCAAGGCUUGACGGUCUAUGGCAAGAAGAGAAAAGAUUGGGCCACUGCUGGACGCAACAUGGUCGUGCGAUCGACGGGGAUGAAGACACCGCCACUCCUUCACGCAGCGCUCGCAGGCAACAUUGCCAGCGUCGAGUGGUUCCUCAGCGAUGCUCCUCAUCGACACUACACGGACUUUGGCAAGUCGAAGGCAGCGCGCGAAGACCACAGGUUGAAACACCUCAGUCAGUCGCCUGGCGGCUUCGACCGUGCCAUCUCGAGGUGGUUGGGUAUCCAAAACGAGCUGGUCCUCCACUGCGCCGUGAUGGCGUCUCCAUCCGAGCAAAGCACCAGAACCGUCGAGUACCUCAUCAAAGCCUGCCCCAACUCACUUGAGUACAAGACGACUCAUGGCGACACGCCCCUCUGGCUCGCCUUCUACUUUGGCAGACUCGACAUUGCCAAGUUGCUCAUCAAAGCCGGCGCGAACCAGCUGGUGAGGAACAAUUCAGGCGAGAACAUCAUCCACGCCGUUUUGCAAAACGGGCCCAAAGCCUGCGCUCUUCGCCCCAUGCUGGAGCUCGUCGACUCGAGCAUCGUCGCCCACCUGUUCCAACAACGCAACAACCUUCACCACAGCGGCCUGACCCCCUUGCACUUCUGGGUCUGCAGACGUUACGGUGGCAAUUACGACGACGAUUACAUCCUCGCGGUCCUGAAGUUGAUCCUGGACUACUCCAAGGGCGACGAGCUCGACACCCUAAACGGGCUGGGCGACUCGGUCCUCCACACCGUGGUUAUGAACACCAACAAGCUCCUCACCAAGGCCUUGCUCGAGUACAAGCCGAAACUUCUCUACCGCGAGAAUGCCGUCGGACGCACCCCCGCCGAAAUCGCCCGCGAGGAGGUCACAAGCGAGAAGUUCGCCGAGCCCGAUAACAUCUCGUUCUCUUUCAACGAGUACAGCAACUCCAGCUCACCCGCCGGGCUCGUCGACCGCGACGUCGGAUCCUUCGCCCCCAAGGACGAGGAGGAGAACAAGAAUCCCAAGCCUUUGACAGACAGCCAGUACGUCUGGGAAAUCGUCCGCGCCGCGCUCGAGAGCCAUCCGGACACCAAGCGCCGCCUCGUCUCCCUCAACGAGGCCAACGACGUCGCCAAGCGGCUGGGCGAGCAGUACAACGCCAGCCGCUACUUCACCAUCCACGCGCGCAACGACGAGGACGCCGACCCCGAGGAGCAGGAGGCCAAGGAGGAGGACCAGAACGACUUCGCGGCGCAGUCCAAGUGGACGGAAAGCUCCAACUCGUGGGUUCCCAAGAGCAGGAGCAGGCCUUCCGUGUCGUCGGACGAUGAGGAUGAGGAGGAUGAGAAGACGCCCAAGUGUGCUGAAUGUGGUGAGAGGCACGAGUGA